AUGGCUCUCAAGCUCAAUCCUUUUGUCUCUCAAUCUCAAAAGUUCCCUUCUUUUGCUCUUCCACCAAUGGCUAGCCUCAGAUCUCCUAAGGUUUGCAUGGCAUAUACCCUCAAUUCUCGCACCAAGGAGGUUGAGAGCGUCAAGAAGCCUUUUAUGCCCCCUCGAGAGGUGCAUGUACAAGUCACACAUUCCAUGCCACCUCAAAAGCUUGAGAUCUUCAAGUCUAUCGAGGAUUGGGCUGAGGAUAACAUUUUAGUUCAUCUGAAGCCAGUUGAGAAGUGUUGGCAACCACAGGAUUUUCUGCCAGAUCCUGCCUCUGAUGGAUUUGAUGAACAAGUCAGGGAACUCAGGGAGAGGGCAAAGGAGCUUCCAGAUGAUUACUUCGUUGUUUUGGUAGGAGACAUGAUCACAGAAGAAGCUCUUCCAACUUAUCAAACAAUGCUGAAUACCUUGGAUGGGGUUCGUGAUGAAACAGGUGCUAGCCCCACAUCAUGGGCAGUCUGGACAAGGGCAUGGACUGCUGAAGAGAAUAGGCAUGGUGACCUUCUUAACAAGUAUCUCUACCUCUCUGGACGCGUGGACAUGAGGCAAAUUGAGAAGACAAUUCAAUAUUUAAUUGGGUCAGGAAUGGAUCCCCGGACAGAAAACAGUCCCUACCUGGGGUUCAUCUACACCUCUUUCCAAGAAAGGGCAACCUUCAUCUCCCAUGGGAACACUGCUAGACAUGCCAAGGAGCGUGGAGACUUAAAGUUGGCUCAGAUAUGUGGUACAAUUGCUGCAGAUGAGAAGCGCCACGAGACUGCCUACACAAAGAUAGUUGAAAAGCUUUUUGAGAUUGAUCCUGAUGGAACAGUUUUGGCUUUUGCUGAUAUGAUGAGGAAGAAAAUUUCCAUGCCUGCACACUUGAUGUAUGAUGGUCGUGAUGAUAACCUUUUUGAGAACUUUUCGGCCGUUGCACAGCGUCUUGGAGUGUACACUGCCAAGGACUAUGCGGAUAUAUUGGAAUUCUUGGUCGGCAGGUGGAAAGUGGAGAAAUUAACUGGACUUUCUGCUGAGGGUAAAAAAGCUCAGGAUUAUGUCUGCGGAUUACCUCCCAGAAUUAGAAAGCUGGAAGAAAGAGCUCAAGGGAGGGCCAAGCAAGGACCCAUCGUUCCUUUCAGUUGGAUUUUCGAUAGACAAGUGCAGCUGUGA